CCCAUCUUGCUCUCUCUCUCUCUCUCUCUCUCUCUCUCUCUCUCUCUCUCUCUCAGACGAUGGCAGGUUAUGGCUACGGCUACGGUGCGCCGGGGUCGCAACCCCCUUACGGCUCGAACCCCUACGCCCCUGCCGGGCAACCCUACGCCGCGGGCCCACCACCAUACGGUGCGCCAUCAGCGCCAUACGCCCCACCCUACGCCCCGGGCGUGAAGCCCCCAAAGGAAGGCAAGCCCCACAAGUACAACCAAGGCGGCAUGUCUCCUCCCUCGGCUUAUCCUGCGCCAUCUUCCUACGGCAGCCCGUUCGCCGCGCUGCUUCCGUCGUCGUUCCCUCCCGGGACCGACCCGAACGUCAUAGCCUGCUUCCAGAUGGCGGAUCAGGACGGGAGCGGAUUCAUCGAUGACAAGGAGCUGCAGAGGGCCCUCUCUUCUUACAAUCAGAGCUUCAGCAUCAGGACCGUUCAUCUGCUCAUGUAUCUCUUCACCAACAGCAACCUUCGGAAGAUCGGACCGAAGGAAUUCAGCUCUGUGUUUUACAGCCUUCAGAACUGGCGGGGGAUCUUCGAGAGGUUUGAUAGGGAUAGGAGCGGGAAGAUUGAUGCCUCAGAGCUACGAGAAGCUCUUCUGAGCCUUGGAUUUUCAGUUUCUCCAGUCAUCUUGGAUUUACUUGUCACCAAAUUCGAUAAGAGUGGGGGCAAAAAUAAGGCAAUCGAAUAUGAUAAUUUCAUUGAGUGCUGCCUAACUGUUAAGGGGCUGACAGAGAAGUUCAAGGAAAGGGACACGGCGUACUCGGGCUCAGCAACGUUCAACUAUGAAGCUUUCAUGUUGACCGUUUUGCCCUUCCUCAUUGCAUAGGAAUCUCUCCCCUUUUUUCCCUUACUUCGUUGUAUGAAGUUAGAUGUGGUUUCCGUGUGCUUUGGAUUUGUUACCGUGGAACUGGAGACCCUACGUGUUUCUCUCCACUUUCUUUUUUCUUUUUUACUAAUCUAAAACGUGUACUUGUAAUAUUAGGGUGUGUUUGGACGUGCCUUGAAUUGCAAUACAAAUAAUGCAAUCUAGUCA